GAAACAGAUGCGACCUUUCAACAGGAGCGUAAAGGAAGAUGCAGGUGUUCAUGCAUUAUAGGGGUUCCUAUUUGACAGCUGUCAUUUGUGUGAUCCUAUUCUGCAUGCUCCUGGUGUUCCAAACACCUGUGGAUGAGGUCUCAGAAGGCAUGUGUGCAUGUAAAGACUGUGUCAGACAGCAGACCCACAGUGUUUGGUUCAAUGAACUCUAUGAUCUCUCUGUUCAACCACUGCUCACCCAGAAAAAUUAUGUCCUCAGUGAAGAUAUCUUCAAGUAUUGGAAGGGUCUUCAGAAAACUAAGAGAGAAGGCAACUACACUGCAGUGGUGGAGAAGUUGUUUUCUCUAUUUCCAGAUAAAACACAAUACUCAGAUGAUAGUCCAAAGCGCUGCAGGACGUGUGCUGUGAUCGGAAACUCAGGGAACCUUAAAGGAUCCCAUUAUGGACAUCUCAUAGAUCUUCAAGACUUUGUCAUUAGGAUAAAUAUGGGCCCUACAAAAGGUUAUGAGAAUGAUGUGGGUUCUAAGACCACUCACCGGUUUCUAUAUCCUGAGAGCGCUAUGGAUGUGGACAACUCCACCUACCUGGUGCUUUCCCCAUUCAAGAUUCUGGAUAUGGAGUGGCUCAUCAGUGCCUUUACCACUAAGAACAUCACACGCACUUACAAAAGAGUAAGGACAAGCAUAAAAGCCAACAGACAUAAGGUGAUGAUUCUACAUCCAGCUUUCAUUAAGUAUGUCCAUGAGACUUGGUUGCUGAAACGUGCCAAAUAUCCAUCGACUGGCUUCCUCGCUAUUAUAUUUGCCCUGCACGUCUGUGAUCAGGUUUCCACGUUUGGGUUUGGUGCAGACCAAUAUGGAAACUGGUACCACUACUUUGAGAAAACCUCACAUAAAAUUCGUACUGGUGCUCAUAGUGGCAGCUUGGAAUUCGACACCAUGAUGCAACUAUACCUGGAAAACAAAAUUCAGGUGUACAGAGGAAGUUAACUAGAGGUAUUGACAUUAGUCAUGCAAGGCUUUAGUUCAUUAAAAAAAAAAAAAAAAAAAAAAAACCUUGUUCCAUCAUCUUAAUCAAACAAU